UUAUACAUUGCUAUCUGUCGCCUGCAUUGUAAGGAUUGUGAUUUCCUACAGUUCAGGCCAGGUUCCCCAAAGUUGCACUGAUAUGAAACCUCGGCACACCGGGACCACCGAUCAGUCAACCCCAAGUCCCUACAAUAUAACUUCUGAUCGGAAUAGCUACAUAACAGGAGAUGAGAUUACAGUAACUCUACAGACAAGCUCCACCCCUUUCAGGGGAUUCAUGUUACAAGCCCGUGAAGUUGGGGGAAGUGGCCCUGUUGGUUCUUUCAGUAUAACAGAUGAACAGGCCCAACUUCUUCUCUGCAAUGCACUGCCUAAUUCCGCAGUCACUCAUACAUCAAAAUCACUAAAAUAUAACAUCACGGCAAUAUGGAGAGCUCCAACAUCAGGACGUCUCAAAGACAUUGAAUUCAGGGCAACUUUUGUUCAAAACUUUAGUACCUAUUGGCUGCAAGUGAACAGUUCAAAAGUCAUUUACAGUGGGGAGGCUGUUUCUAAUACCACUGCUGUUCCCAUCGCCACCACAAUCCUACCAGUAAAUGCUAGCAUAUCCCGAACCGGCUGUGGGACCACUAAAGUGUGUCUCAGUCGCCCCAGCGACUGUGACCCUGCUACAGAGGCAAACUGUUACUUUCUGGCUGUGUCAGCAUCACCCACGGAUUCAGCCAUUCGCUUCGAAAUGACCGGCUCCUCUGGUGGCUACAUCUCUAUGGGCUUUUCAGAUGAUCGGCAGAUGGGAAAUGAUGAUAUUUACAUCUGUGGUCUAAACAGUAACAGUGCUAUUCAAGUGCAGCACGCCUAUUCCACAGGAAGACGUGCCCCGGACAUUUUAAGCCUGGGAGAUGUUUCUGACAUUCAGACCUCUUUCCUCAAUGGAUUUAUUAGCUGUUCUUUCACUUCUCGAAACACCAUCUCAACACAGCGAAGUCUCCUUUACUACCUCAUGUUUGCUUAUGGACCUACUAAUAAUGGUAGAAUUCAAUUCCACAUUGGUACAUUUAUCAGUCAAACAAAAGUAGAUAUUCUAAGUCCUCAACCAGUCAGCUCAAAUCUCCCCCCUAUUAUUAAAGCACAUGGGGCUCUGAUGCUCAUAGCUUGGAUGACUACAGGCAGCUUAGGCAUGCUCAUUGCCAGGUACCUGAAAGCAGUCAAAAGCUGUAACGAAAAGUUUUGGUUUUUGACCCAUGUGUUCCUCAUGGUACUCUCUGUUGCUGCAACCAUCAUCGCCUUUAUCUUGAUAUUCGUACACCGUAGAGUCUGGAGUGGAGGUGCACAUCCAGUUCUAGGAUGCUUAGUAAUGAUUCUGGCUUUCAUCCAACCUGUUGCGGCUCUCUUUCGUUGUGGCCCGAACGAUAAAUGGAGGUUCAUUUUCAGGGGGGCACACACUUUGAAUGCUCUGGCAAUUAAAGGCCUAGCAGUGGCUGCAAUAUUCACUGGCCUGUCACUCGUUGAUUACACACAGACCCAAUGGAGCCUUAAGGUGAUGGGGGGUUUUGUUGGUUGGGAGGCCUUGUUAUAUGCAAUUCAAGAUAUAAACUUCAGGCACAGUCAGAAUGGUGAAGAGGGGGCUUCAAGAUGGGUGAAGGCGGACGUAAUGCUUCUGUUCCUGUACCUUCUUGGAAAUCUGCCAUUUUUGGUGACCCUUCUUAUCGGAAUUGGACUGUCAUAAUGACUUCUGGGAAAUGGACCAUGACUUUUAUAAAUGGGAAAUUUGAUUACUUUAUAAGCACCAGCCACUACACCUUGUAUAUCUGAUUACUUUUAUUGACAUAUUAGGUUUCUUUGAAUUACAGGUGUGCAAUACUAAUGAAGCCAAGAGGAAGUAGCUAGAAAAUUCUUUGACUCUAUGUGGAAAAACAUAAUCAUUCAUUAAGGUAACUGUAAUAAAAUGUGUCAUACUGUAUCAAACAUCUCAGAAUUACCUCACUCCCCUAGUGUCAGAAUGCAACUCUAUGGUAACACACUUCCCAGUCAUAAAGCAGAUUUACCAUAGCUCCCAGUCGUUUUGUUCUGUUGUGACCUUUGUAUUUUUUGCAGACUCAUACAGUUAUCUCAUUAUUAUGAUCUAGAUAUCCUGCCAAGUCCUUUGAUAAUUGUAGUCUAAGAAGUGCCUUCAUGGUAUAAUUUACCUCUGUGCAUAUGCUUGUUUCAUGUGCAUGUGAUUAUAUUCAUAUUACUUGUGAGUGAAAUUAUGUACAUAGACAUUUGUGAGUGAAAUGAUGUCUGAGAUGCUAUUGCUGCUACUAUUGUUUUUGUUUUUGCAGUUGAUGGUGAGGAUGUUUUGUUUGUUUCGUAUGUAUUUCAUGCUUAACAUUUCAUGCUUCAUAAUUGUUAAAAGUAUUGCAAACAAAUGCGAAUGAUGUCAAAUCAUGAAUACAUACUAUUAUAAGAUUCCAAAGAUCUCAGACCUAACACAUUUGUAUACGUUAGUUAUGAAGAAGCAUUCGUUUUAUAAUUUUAAUUAUUAGAAAUACACUGAAUUUUAUUCUUCAUAAAUAUAAAUUUAAAAAACUUUUAAAAUAA